CGGAAGGGGUGGUACACAGAGAAGGACAGGUAGUAAGUGUGAAAUCUCAACGCAAGCUUACGUCUGGCUGGCGGAGUUAGUACUUUUCUGUAAACAAUUAUGGCAUCGGCGGAUCCCCGAUCCUCGAGUGACGGUGGGCCCGCAAGCAGAGGAGGAGUUCCAGCUGGUGAGAGCAGCAACGAGCGCGAUGGUCCUGGAGGUAGCGGCGGAGAGGGAGAACGUGAACCAGAUCGGGCCACAUUUGAAUGCAACAUUUGUUUGGACACAGCAAGGGACGCUGUCAUCAGUUUGUGCGGGCACUUGUUCUGCUGGCCCUGCCUUCAUCAAUGGCUGGAGACGCGGCCCAGCCGACAGCAGUGUCCUGUGUGUAAAGCCGGCAUCAGCAGGGAGAAAGUAAUCCCUUUGUAUGGCAGAGGGAGCUCCAGCCAAGAAGACCCCAGGUUGAAAACCCCGCCUCGACCUCAGGGCCAGAGAACCGAGCCAGAAAACCGCGGGCCCUUUCCGGGGUUCGGGGACACUGGCUUCCACAUGUCCUUCGGGAUUGGUGCUUUCCCUUUUGGCUUCUUCACCACUGUCUUCAACACAAACGACCCCUUCCACAGAGCAGACGCUUACGCGGCAGAUCGCAACGGCAACCCCAACAAUGGCAAUAACUGGCAGGACUCCCUCUUCCUGUUCGUGGCCAUCUUCUUCUUCUUCUGGCUGCUGAGUGUGUGAGGGACAAGAUGGUGGGAGGCAGGAGUGCAGGGAAGAUGGAAUUUAUAUAUAUAUAAAAAAAAAAACAAAUGGCUCACGCACUCACACACACGACACGGACAGACAUCGUCAUAGUGACUGGGAGGCUUUCCAUAGUAGACAGUGGCAGCGGGGCGACUAGCAGUAAGCAACAGAAAUCUGACGCAGGAUUCACAAACCAGUCUAAAGGAUUUGUGUACACCCCCCCCCCCCACCACUUUUUUAAUUUAUUUACGAGACUUGAAUAGGAAGAGCAUACUGAGAUACCAGCCUGUGAUGGCAAACAAAACUCAUAGUUGAGGGGGAGGGAAGAGAUGUCUCUAUCGCCCUUUUUCUGUGCACGCACAGUGAAUUGUUUGGGUAAGGGGGUAAGGGGUUGGGGUGGCUGACUUAGAUAUGGGGCCAGCGGAUGGACAGGGAUGUGUCUUGGAUAGUCAGUAUUAAACGAUCGGAAUGAGCACAGCGUGAAUGAUCCCUUUAGGUAAUGUGAUUGUACCAAAACACAAUGCAAUAUUUGGGAUGCGUACUGCUACUUAAGGCAAAAUGGAAUUAUGUAUAUUUCUGGUCCAUUGAAAGAAUUUCAGCUUUUUCCCCAAAUAGUAGAGCUUGGUGUUGUAUUGAAGGAGGGGUAAAAACAGGAUUAUAAUUCGAUAUGAUUCCUUAAAACUGCUAUAGCCAUGUUUUUCCCAGGCCAAAGAGUACCCUGACUGUCAAGUAUGAUUUUGUGAAAAUCGAUUUGGAUAUUGCUGAUAAAUGCUUUUUGUCUGUAGAUUUAUAAACACACAAUUUAUAAAUAAUCUUUCCGGCAUAGAUCCGGUAACACUAAAAACCUUUGUAUAUUCCCUUAACAAACUGCCAUUGCACUGUGAAAUCACAUAGACAAACCUAAUAAGGUGGAUUGGAUCUAUAGUGGAUAUAGCCACAUGAUUUAUAAGUUAAAUAGCAUAAGUAAACACACUGUAUUGUGAAGUGUAAUGAGGUUAAUGUGCGGUAAGACUGUAGAGGGCAGUAUUCUGUAUAGCUGCGAUGUGGACAACUGGACACUGCUCCUAAUUUAUGUCACAUUAUCCUCUGGGGACUUAAAAAACAUUUAAAUCCAAAUGAUCUGGAACAGAAUUCAACACAGCACACAAUCCUUUCAUCUGGACUAAAAUGUUGUGAAGAACUGGUCCUAGGGGGCUCGUAGUUGGGCACUGGGUAAAGACAAGAUCAAAUGAGGGACAUGUUCAUUAAGGCACAACAUACUAAAACGUUUUGCGGCAGAAAGUGUUCAUUGGACACAUCUAAAUGUACCUCUGUUUUGCCCAGUUUUGUACAGUUUUCUUCCGUUUUCAGCCUACUGAACACUACUCAGGUGCAGUAGUCAAUACAGUGUUCAUCAGAUCUUUUGUGACUCAAGUCAGAAAGAGCAUUUGAUAUUUUCAUUCGCAGCUGAGAGUGUAACAUUAGAUGGACAACAUGAAUUCUGUCCAAUAUGAGGUCAUGGACAAUUACCAUAAUGAUUUAUGUUGCAAUGAGUAUUUCUCCUGAGUGUAAGUGUUUAUGUGUCUGUCUUUGGGUGUGUGUAUAUAUUUGUACAUAUGGAUAUUGUAAAUGCUGUUUUUACAUGUGUCCGAACGGCCAAUCACAGAAAAGAGGUGAUACUUGUGACGGCUCAAGUUGUUAACAAGGCAACCUGGGAAACACGUCAUGACACUGCAGAGGCCCACUGUUUCAGUCAGUAAAAGCAACCUGGUCUCAGGAGAAUACGUACAGAGGAUAUGUAAAUCUGUGACAGCCUAUAACAUUGUUACGUAAGGGUGCAGACUGGUCUCUAGGGGCAUUGCUGCUGUUUGGAAGGGCGUUGGGUUGGGGGGCAGGUGGAAAAAACCCUGAGCUUCACCUCCAUGGUUGGAAGUUUUAAUCCUUACCACAAUACUGUGAGACCUAAACCUUUUCCCUUUCUUACCUUUACCCUGACACUGUACUGCCUAAACUCUCAUUGUCUAACUAACAGUGCUAGUCUGUAACCUUACAUUUUAUUUAUAACACAUCUUACGUUUUUGUCAAUUCGUAUAUAUUAUGCUGUCAUAGCGUUCUUAACAUAUGAUACGUAAGUCGCUCUGGAGUGUCUGCUAAAUGACUCAAAUGUAAAAAGUUUAUGCAAAUUCUUAAUUUAUUAUACAUUUUGGUAAAUAAUUGUAAUGUACCUUAAUGUAACAUUUCACAAAUUCAGUGGUCAAAGAUUUAUGUAUUCCCCUGGGACCAGUCUGCAUCAUGAAACGGACGUUACUCUCCUGUACUUUUACAAUGGGCCCUCACCUUACUGAGUGGUACGAUUGACUGCAUAUGAUGCACACAAGCCAGCCAGAGGCAAUUGAACCCAUGUAUGAAACAGUAACCCCACCAUAACCAUGUCAUUAUGAUACAAAUCCUGUGGUAUUCUCAAUGGGUGGAAGAGCAAGGACCUCUGCAGCACCUCACUAAAUAACGCCCACCCAGUAAUGUCCAUGCAAGUGGUUAGGGAAGGGCUAUGGGGUGAGAAGGGGUAGAUGAUUGACAACAUAUGUGGGUGUUUUUUGGGAUGUUCUAGGGCCUAGGUUUCAAAAGCUAUCUGGAUUUCAGCUUCCUAAUAAUUCAUUAAAAUAGUGUGAAUGGAACAGAAGUUCUAUGCAUUUGGAAACCUCGGCCCAGUCGAUGGGGCUUAGUCAUUUCUUGCAUAUCACUGUCUGAUCUAAGCAUUUGUAUUCUUAGUCUUUUGUGACACAAAAGAAAAUGAUGGAAAUUACAUUUGUAUUGCAAGUCUUUUGAUAGACGAAACAGUGAGACAUUGUGCAAAAUCAAAUGGUCACGCAGUUAUGGAAAAUGAUUUCUUCUGCAACCUGAAUAAAUAGUUGUUUAUUACA